GCCGCCCGGACCCCGGGCCGCUCCCGAGCCAUGGGCGACCUGCCGGGCCUCGUGCGCCUCUCCAUCGCGCUGCGCAUCCAGCCCAACGACGGCCCGGUCUUCUACAAGGUGGACGGGCAGCGCUUCGGGCAGAACCGCACCAUCAAGCUGCUCACGGGCUCCUCGUACAAGGUGGAGGUGAAGUGCAAGCCCGUCACCCUGCAGGUCCAGAAUAUUUCUAUCGGUGGUGUGCUUGUCCCACUGGAGCUGAAGUCCAAAGAGCCUGAUGGGGACAGAGUUGUUUAUAUAGGCACAUAUGAUACAGAAGGCGUGGCCCCGACCAAAAGUGGGGAACGGCAGCCCAUCCAGAUCACCAUGCCGUUCACAGACAUUGGAACCUUCGAAACAGUGUGGCAAGUCAAGUUCUACAAUUACCACAAGCGGGACCACUGCCAGUGGGGAAGCCCCUUCUCCGUCAUUGAGUACGAAUGCAAGCCCAAUGAGACGCGCAGCCUCAUGUGGGUGAACAAGGAGUCCUUCCUCUGAAGACGGCUCCUUCGGACGUUGCUGGACAGUCUCCAAAAGUCUACUUUUAGAUAAACCAGCACAAGUCUUAGCCAAGGCACAGCACUCCGUGGAUGUUUUCCCGCCUAGUACCGAGGACGUCCUAGCCCUGAUCCUUGUGAAAGUGUGAUUUCCCCUGAUGACCCAGCCCUGAGAGGCCUCCGUGCACUGUUCUAUGCUGGGGCUCUUGCAGCCGUCCAUGCUCAGUUGUGCUACUGGCCAUUGUGACUGGAACUCAGCAAGACUAGCAAGCUUGCCCUAUAGUGGGGGGUUCCGCAGAAUGACCAUGCUGUUUUGUUUCCAAGAUAAAUAGUUCCUCCCUUCUAUGUUCCUUGUCAGACUUAAAGAAGUGACAGUGUGCUUGGGCUCUCCCGUGCGUGAUGUUGUAACAUGUGACAUACAGUGUUUGCCAGCUCCCAAAACGGGUUUGUGAAAACGUAACAUAGUCAGCAGUGAAUGGGAAUCAAAUGCUGUGUUGCCUAUAUCAACAGCUCAGCUUUUUAAGAGAUGGAUGGUGACAAAAUUAAAAGAUGAGUAUGUAAAGAAGCAUUUAUAAUGCGUUAAUGCCCUUUCAAGUAGCAAGGUAUUGUAUGGUGGCCUAGUGGAGACAGGGAAGGGCAUUGCUGUAGAGCAGGGGCUGGGGCCACCCCUUUGGCAAGCCACCAUGGUGUUCAAACAGGCAUCCUGACAGCAUUCCUAUGAGCCCUUUCACUGGAACUUUGUACAACUGUGUAUGGAAUCGUAAUCAAGUUUUGAUAUUUCUUAAUAAAGAUAUUGAAAAUCA